UUUUUCAUUUCAGCGUGGAAAGGCACUUUUAUGUCAAAAGUCAAACGUGAAGUUAUUUUUAUUUUAAGUGAUAAUUAAUAUAAACCAAAGACGUACAUUUGAUUUUUUAAAACUAUACUUUAUGUUACAAUGUCAUUUUGAAUUGAAAUACAGAUUCUUCGUGGUAAAAAUCACUUAAGAAAGGUCUUACUUGAAUGUAUCUGAGAAAAAACGUAGAUUGUAUAUAAUUCCUGGAAUAAUUGCGAUGGCAGGCUCAGCACUAAGGCGAUUGAUGGCUGAGUAUAAACAACUAACCUUAAAUCCCCCAGAAGGAAUUAUCGCAGGGCCAAUAAACGAAGAAAACUUUUUUGAAUGGGAGGCUUUAAUUACCGGGCCAGAGGGAACUUGCUUCGAAGGAGGAGUCUUUCCAGCGAAACUUAUAUUUCCUCCAGACUAUCCUCUGAGUCCUCCGAAGAUGCAGUUCACUUGCGAAAUGUUUCAUCCAAAUAUUUACGCGGAUGGCAGAGUUUGUAUCAGUAUUCUACAUGCACCUGGGGAUGAUCCCAUGGGGUACGAAAGCAGUGCAGAGAGAUGGAGUCCGGUGCAGAGUGUUGAAAAAAUUCUAUUGAGCGUUGUAAGUAUGUUGGCUGAGCCAAACGAUGAAAGCGGGGCGAACGUCGAUGCCGCAAAAAUGUGGAGAGAGGAUCGUGUUGAAUUUGAGAGAAUUGCGCAGAAACUAGUUCGAAAAACUCUAGGCAUUACGUCGUAAGUGUUUUUUUCUAAAAAAUUCUUUGAAAAGUUGUGGCUAUUUUAAUAUUAUUGUAUUUAAAGCGUACUGUAAAUAGGUUUCAUAUGCUCCAUUUAUUAAUUUAGAAAAUAAUGUAUUGCGGAGUAUAUUAUUUUGAAUCAUGAAUUGACAGGUUUGAUGAUUGUAGUAGUUAUUAGUCGUGACGUAUAAUAUUUUGUUUUCGACGCUACGAUGAAAACUUUGCAUUUUUGAUUGUGAUUGCUGAUAUUUGAGAUAUGUACUGCAACAGUAAUAAAUUGGGUUGAAGAAAGGAGA